ACUAGUCCGGAAAACUCAAUGGGAGACCUUUGUACUAGACUCUUUACAUAUUCUGCUGCGCUUGAUUGCUUUUAUCAAACUAAUCAUAUCUUAUCUUCUGACACAACUAGCGAUAAUUACAUGGAGGAGAACAAAGUUGUUGCUAUUGGUAAUUCUUCACAUAUUCCCGAAGAGGUUGUGUUUGAUAUUCUCGCAAGGGUUCCAUCAGUCAAGUCUCUGUUGCGAUUUAGGACCAAAAAACAUAAAGUUCUCAUGGCACACCGGGCUUCUGAUGGAACUCGACACAAUUGGAAUAUUUUCACCCUCGGGAUGGACACGUCAUGGAGAGAGAGAUUCAAUGUUGCUUUAGAUUCUUCCCUAUAAGGAAUAAUAGUGUUCAUAUCGAUGGGGUCAUUUAUUCUAUAAACUACUAUCACAUAAGUGCAUUCAAUGUUGGAGAUGAAAAUUUUAGA